GAGAACUCCCGAACCCAGGGCCCCGUAAGGAAGACCCAUCUCAGUCUGGAUGUGGGCAUGUGCUCUGCUUUCACGUUUCUCUGUGCAACCCUUGGUGUUUCCCGGGGCUCGCGACGAGCGGUUCCCUGAGAAAAGAGGAAUUAGUCCACCACCAAAUCUCCUCUGCCGCCAGAGAUGACUCAGUGCCACGUGGGCAUCAACAGCGACUAUGGGGAGUGGGAGUGGGGGGCGGACGCGGGCGAGCGCGCCCGGCUCCUGCAGAGCCCCAGCGUGGAGAUGGCCCCCAAGGAGGACGAAGGGCACAGGCCGGCCAGCACUUCUGCCCUGGGGGCUGUCUUCAUCGUCGUGAACGCCGCUCUCGGAGCCGGUCUGCUCAACUUCCCAGCUGCCUUCAGUAUGGCGGGCGGCGUGGCAGCCGGGAUCGCUCUGCAGAUGGUCAUGCUGGUUUCCAUCAUUGGCGGCCUGGUCAUUCUUGCCUACUGCUCCCAGGCCAGCAAUGAGCGCACCUACCAGGAAGUGGUGUGGGCAGUGUGCGGCAAGGUCACUGGCAUCCUGUGUGAGGUCGCCAUUGCUGUCUACACUUUCGGCACUUGCAUUGCCUUCCUCAUCAUCAUUGGAGACCAACAGGACAAGAUAAUUGCAGCUUUGGUGAAGGACUCCACCGGGACGGAGAAUGGCCACUGGUACACAGACCGGAAGUUCACCAUCAGCCUCACCGCUUUCUUACUCAUCCUGCCCCUCUCAGUUCCUAAGGAGAUUGGCUUCCAGAAGUAUGCCAGAAGCUGGCCUGUCAGUGAACCAGGCAGAAGGAAGAGGGACAAUUAUCCAGUUUAUCGUGAUGGGAUAAAGAAGAGUAGAUGAAGGUGAAUGUCCACUUGUGGGGAGGUUGCUUGGUUGAAGGACCAUUGGAAUGGUACAGAUCCUCCAGGUUUUUAAGCAAUUGCCCUAAAGGGGAUGCUGCUACUGGCAGGAGCCAUUUUGGGUGGAGGCAUUCAGGUGAUGGGUCUAGGGAAGUCACACACAGCAUCUGUGCAUAGAAGAGUCCUCUGUGGCACAAAGGAACAUGGGAUCAAAACAGUCCACAGGAGGAAAACGAGUGUCCUUUUGUAAGGCUGGACUCCC